AUGACCGGAAUGCAACGAGGCGCACUGGGAGUAUCUGGAAAGGUCGCUAUGGCUUUCCACCUGCGGCUUUACAAGGUUGAUUUCUUAGCUUCGCUUCACUCAGCCGACUCAAAUAGCAAUGGACGCUACAGCCGUCGCAGACCGACUCUAGGUAGCGCCAAAGCGGCCACCGAAGAUGUGACAGCGAAAUCUGAUGCCGUAGCCGAUCAACUAGCACUUGCCGCUAGCCAUACCGAGAAAAAUCCCCAAAGACGAGGAGGAGCCUACGCCAGUGAUGGAGAAGACUACCCCUACGGCAAUCUGGAAAUGAACCUCAUUCGACCGGAAAGCGAACCAGUGCACACACAGAUCACCGCCAAGUAUACAACCAACUUAAAUGCUGCACGACCUUAUGAGUCGGGUUCACUUGAAGAUGCCGAGACUGCUGAGGAAUAUGUGGCGAAUGCAAUGAAAAUGCAACGUUACGGCACGCGUUUACGUGAACCCAUCCGCAUUUUGUCCACGGAAAGCGCCGUGCAGGCUCCACCGAAAAUAUCGUCACAACCGAGUGAUGAGUCGGCGAAUGAGCGCGGGAGUCCAGCAUCAGCCAAUAUCAAAUACGAAUACUAUAAUGUGGCGCAACAACAGCUGCAACAACAACAGCAACAGCAACAUGCCACGCAAGAAUUAGAAGGAAAUCACAAAGCAAUACUGGAGGCACAAUUGCGUGCACAAUUUCAGGCACAAAUCCAGCAAGCACAACAGCCAGCCGAAAGCCACCAACAAUUCGAAACGCAAACGGAUCAAGGUCAAGCGUCCACCGCUGUGCAUGCACAUAAUGGUGUGCCCCAGCAGUCGGCGCCUACUUACAGCAGAGAGCCAGCCACACGUUCUUACGAGGUAUAUGACGAGAACGUCAACUCAUACGAAGCCAACAAUGGCGGUGACACGAUUAGCGGCGAUGGCGUCGAUCGGCAUUAUCGCACCAAGUAUAUCUUUCAGCCAGCGUAUCAGGCUGGUGCGCAAGGUGUACCGCAAGUGGACUCAGAGGCGGAGCAGCUGCGUGUUUCUGCCUCAACAGAGAUACCAAAAGCAGAGAUAAUGAAACAGAUCGAAAAGUCUGUGAUGAAAUACAUGAAAGAGCUUGAGGCGGAAGGUAAGAUUGUUACUUCCCCACAAGAGCAGAAGUCAUAUUACAAAAUGGUGACAGUACCGGGCGAAGAGAAGCAUAUCGGUUCCACAACGGUACGUCCUAAAUAUCCCGGCUCUACGCCACCCCACAAUGCCGUAUAUGUUAGUGGCGAUGGUGGCAACGCUGCAGCAGCAGCUGCGGCCUCACACCGUGCACCCUCGCAAGCCAACAUAUCCGGUUAUGGAAGCUCAGCACGCCACCAUACGGCCAAACAUCAACUAAAAUCGACACAACGCUAUCAGGCCGAAGCUGAGACUGGCUAUCGUGCACCAGCUGGCGCACAUCAGCCACAUGAAAUAGGCGAGGCACUGGCGCCGAAUGUGGAGUUUGUAUAUAAGAUUAAAACACGCGCCCCACUACAAACAGCCACCGUCAAAACGAUUUCGAAACCAUAUACACUGCCGCUUAAAGGCUCUUUUGAACAAUUCGAUCACACAGCCGCGCUUAAGAAUAUCGAGGAUUUCGAUUUAUCGCAUGUGGUGACUACACAGGAACCCGACGAGCGCCCAUCUUCGUUAAGCGCGAGCGUUACCAACAAACCGAAUAAGCUCUACUUCAAUUCCGAAAUCUAUCACGACAUCAACUCGUUGCCGUACAAACCGGAAAAGACGCGCACCCUUUCCGCAGCUGCGGCUGCUGCAGCGGCUGCCGAAUAUCGCAAACUGAAGACGAGUAGCGAACUAAGUGGCGACUAUAAAGGCUACACGGGCUACUUCGCUGAACCGGCAGCGCAGCCAGCAGAGUCGUCCGAUGAGAAGAGUACGAACCCUGUCGCGAGUGCGCAAGUCUCGGAUGAUGGCUACCCGAUUAUGAAUCCCUAUCAGUAUGUACUAAAGAAGGAGCCGUUGUCAAAUAAGUAUGAAGACAGUAGCGCCAGUUGGGGUGAGGCGCACGCCAAACCCGUCUAUACGGCACUCGCAGCGUCGCAAAAAGGUUUGGAAUACGACAGCUACAGUCCGAAAUUCAACAACAACCCUGAAGGCUACGGCUACCAGCACACUUACAAAGCGGAACGUGAACGGGAGCGCGAACCACAACAUGGAGGACACAAGUAUGCAGUUAGCCGACCAAACGCAGCAGGCAGUAAGCGCGGUAAACGCGGUGGUGGCGUACCUUAUCCCAAUGUGAAUAAGAAGAGUCUGCGCAGCGCGAGCGUAAAAGAUAUCGAGGCAAAUUUGGCACUGCGCCCACCACCGAAAAAUUAGGUACAAAUUACAAGCGCAGGUGCGUGCAACGGUGAAAUAGCGAGGCUGGGUUGAUUUUUCAUUUUCAUUUGAAUGCUGUUUUACUCUUUAUUUAUUCGCUUUUGUUGUUAGUUGUCGUUAUAUAUUUGUAUGUGCCCGCCUGAAGUUAUGCAACGAAAAUUCUACAACUUCCGUAUUAAACAUUGCAAAUAUAUGCCAAUUUUCAAGUGCAAUUUUAGUUUAAGUAUGUACAUGUAAAGAAACUAUAA